AUGGACCAAGGAAAUAACUCAAGAGUAACUGAAUUUGUGUUGCACAGUCUUUCCGGGCCUCGACAGCUACAACAAUUCUAUUUUGGUUUUUUCACCCUUUUCUAUCUAUCCACUGUGCUGGGAAACCUCCUCAUUGUGCUCACAGUCCUUUCUGAACCUGCACUCCACACUCCAAUGUACUUCCUGCUCAGCAACCUCUCCUUCAUUGAUGCAUGUCUAUCUACUUUUGCCACUCCCAGAAUGAUAGUUGACCUCCUCAUGGAGCAUAAGACCAUCUCUUUUGAGGGCUGCAUGGCCCAGAUAUUCUUUCAGCAUGCACUUGCUGGUGGGGAAAUGAUGCUCCUAGUAGCUAUGGCAUAUGACAGGUACGUAGCCAUAUGUCAACCCCUGCACUAUGCAACCAUUAUGAAUGUACGGAAAUGCACAGGCCUUGUAGUGGGCUCCUUGCUUAUUGGGCUUCUGCAUUCAGGAAGCCAGUUAGUCUUCAUAGUAAAACUUCCAUUUUGUGGUCCUAAUAAUGUGGACAGCUUUUUCUGUGACCUUCCCUUCGUUAUUAAACUUGCCUGCACUGAUACCUAUAUCCUUGAGAUACUGAUGCUCUCAUACAGUGAGAUAAUGGGUAUGAGCUCCUUUGUGCUCCUGCUCAUCUCCUACACAGUCAUCCUGGUCACUGUGCGACGUCGAUCCUCAGCAGGCAUGGCCAAGGCCCGGGCCACCCUGACUGCCCAUGUCACUGUGGUGACCCUCUUCUUUGGGCCCAUGAUCUUCAUCUAUGUCUGGCCUUUCAAUGACUUCCCAGUGAAUAAGGUUCUCUCGAUAUUCUAUACUGUUUUCACCCCUCUCUUAAACCCCUUGAUCUACACAUUAAGAAAUAAGGAGGUAAUAUUGGCAAUGCAGAAACUGAGGAGGCGAAAAUUAAGUUUCUAA